CCUUCCCCGCCCUUUCUCUUCCCGGUGUCCCAGCUUGCGGGUCCUGUCUGACGGCUGCUUCCGGUAGAAGCACCGUGCAGGGAGAGCUGGUCUCAGCUCCUCGUCAUGUCCUACGGUCCUUUAGACUUGUACCGGAACCCGGGGCCCUCAGGGCCCCCGGUCCGGGACUUCAACAGCAUCAUCCAGACAUGCAGCGGCAACAUCCAGCGGAUCAGCCAAGCCACUGCUCAGAUAAAGAAUUUGAUGAGCCAACUAGGAACUAAGCAGGACUCAAGCAAGCUACAGGAAAAUCUGCAACAGUUACAACACUCCACAAAUCAGCUGGCCAAGGAAACAAAUGAAUUGCUGAAGGAAUUGGGAUCCUUGCCCCUUCCCUUAUCUGCUUCAGAACAGCGCCAGCAGAAACUUCAGAAGGAACGCCUCAUGAACGACUUCUCGGCAGCCUUAAACAAUUUCCAGGCUGUGCAGAGAAGGGUAUCGGAAAAGGAGAAGGAGAGCAUCGCCAGAGCAAGAGCUGGAUCGCGGCUGUCUGCGGAAGAGAGGCAAAGAGAGGAGCAGCUUGUCUCGUUUGACAGCCAUGAGGAGUGGAACCAGAUGCAGAGCCAGGAGGAUGAGGCGGCCAUCACCGAGCAGGACCUGGAGCUUAUUAAAGAGAGGGAGACAGCAAUUCGGCAGCUGGAGGCAGAUAUUUUGGAUGUCAAUCAGAUAUUUAAAGAUUUGGCCAUGAUGAUCCAUGACCAGGGUGACCUGAUUGACAGCAUAGAAGCCAAUGUGGAAAGUUCAGAGGUGCACGUUGAAAGAGCAACUGAUCAGUUACAGCGAGCUGCUUACUAUCAGAAAAAAUCUCGCAAGAAGAUGUGCAUCCUGGUGCUUGUCCUGUCAGUGAUUAUUGCAGUCUUGAUAAUUGUUUUCUGGGUAGUGUAUGGGAAAUGAAGUGUGGUUGCCUCAAAGCCUUCUCCUGCUGAACUGUUUUCAAGGGCAAGUGCUGGUUGGAGUCUUGCCAGAACAAACUGAUCACAAGAGGAGCGCACAUACCAGAACGUCCUGUAUCAACUUAGUUAGAAACUAACUACUAACUAGUCCUUGGAAUUAGUGACCCAUGGAGACAGUAUUUAUCAAUACAUGUAUACAUUUUAUCGUUUCUCCAAUUAGGAAUUAAUUUAUGUGGAUUUUGCUUUCUCUUGUAUUCUGAUUGCCCUGUAUCCCAAAAGUUUAUUGAAAAUUCCAUUCUCUGUAUGCUUUUUUGACAGGCAACACUACAGACUCGUAAUAUUGUCUUUUUAUGUGUAUACAAAAUUUACCUUUUUCCUAGCAACUAAAAUGAAUUGCUUUCUGGCACCCAGCAUAAUUGGAGUAUGUCAGAAACUGUAUAAUAGGCCAGGAAUUUUUAUUAUUUAACAUUUUAAUUUGAAUUUCUAAGAAGCCUAUUCUCUAUUUGUUUUGCAAAAUUUUGGCACUAUAUUUAACUGGAAAGUAAAAAUUGCACAUGUGAUUAAGAUUUAAUGAAAAGUAUUUAUUCGAGCUGAUCAGUUGUUCGGGUACAUGUUCCUAAUCUGGGUUUACAGUUUAUUUUCUGCUAGUGUCAUCCACAGCAGUUCAUCCGCUUACACACUAAGCCAUUUUGCCCACUUUUUCAAGAGGUGAAUUUAAUGAACAGCACUAUAGUCUGGGGGGGGGGGGUCCCUCACCCUCCUGUCUGCAUCUAAAGGAAGAAUUAGGCAUAGCAUGCUUUUGGAAAGCAAGUAGGCAUUGUUUGGAAUGAUUUAAUCGUUUGUUGUUACGCACUUGUAGUUCUACAUUCCUGGUAAAUGAUGAAUGUUGCUGUCAAAAGCUGCCCCCUACCCUGUAAGGAUUCCUGGGCACUUGACAGCAGGAAGAUUUUGAAAGCUAUACUGAAGUUGGUUUAAAACAGUCCUGUGAACCUGUGAUAAAGCAAAGCAAAGGUUCAUUUUUGUAAAUAAUAAUAGUUUGGAAUAGUGAUGUUAGACUUACCCUAAUUUAUGAACAAGAGAUUAAUCUCUCCUUGCAUAGUUUAGACAAAAUAUGUUUCAAUAAAAGAUUGCUGUCUUGUAAUAUAAAUGUUGUUCACUUCCCUUUUUCACAGGCCUAGAACAAGUUAAAGGGAACAUAAUCUGUUUAGGCUCUUAAAUAUGAAUGGGGCCAACAGUUUCGGUUCAUCCUUUACUCAUUUAGAGGAUUUGGCCACCCUGGGUAUAUUUAUAUUCCUUUUUGUCAUUUCUCUUAAUGUUACUUAAUCUUCUUGUACUAAGCUAAUGUGAACGGUGGGAAAACAAGGGCCCAGAUGCCUAAGUUUCUUUGCACUCUUGCACAUUCCACCUACUUAAUACGAAUAAACAUUUUAAAAGCU